AUGACCGAGAUCUCUGAUAUUAAUGCUCAGACUCAAACCGCCGACUCCGACAUCGAAGACGGUGGAUACGGUGGUGAUUCCAGGUCAUCCGAUUUACCCCGUCCUCUUUUAUCUGUAUCUUUCGUUCAGAAGUUGAUUGGCGAGUUCGUGGGCACAUUCACUAUGAUAUUUGCCGGUUGCUCGGCCAUUGUUGUAAAUGAGACGUACGGUAAACCGGUGACACUUCCUGGUAUAGCUUUGGUAUGGGGACUAACCGUAACGGUUAUGAUCUACUCAAUUGGUCAUGUCUCCGGUGCACAUUUCAACCCUGCUGUUUCUAUUGCCUUUGCCUCUUCUAGAAAGUUUCCUUUUAAACAGGUCCCGGGCUAUAUAGCCGUUCAAGUUCUCGCAUCAACUUUAGCGGCCGCAGCUAUACGACUGGUGUUCCAUCUGAACGACAACGUUUGUAGCUUCAAAGGCGAUGUUUAUGUGGGAACAUUUCCAUCAAACUCCAACACAACAUCAUUCAUAAUGGAGUUCAUUGCUACUUUCAAUCUAAUGUUCGUUAUAUCUGCUGUUGCUACUGAUAAACGAGCCACCGGAUCAUUCGCAGGCGUAGCUAUUGGUGCGACUGUAGUACUCGACAUCCUCUUCUCCGGUAAGUUCCUAUCUUACCCUCCUCGCUUUUUCGGUAAACCCAUAAAUAUCCUCAACUACCCUCACUUCCUUGCUUUCUUCAACCCUGCGCUAGAGUCCAAACCCGAUCUACCACUCCUGAUCCCGCCGGUCAUUUUACUUCCGCCGAUUUCAAAUUCUCCGAUCAUAUCCGUCGAUUCAGAAUCGCAGGCAGAGAUUUUUGGUGAUUCUGGGCUGAUCAGCGAUCGUUUUUGUCACUCUCUGGAAAUGGCUGUUGUUGCUUCUGCUCCCGGGAAGGUUUUGAUGACUGGAGGCUAUCUCAUACUGGAGAGGCCAAACACAGGCCUUGUGUUGAGUACAAAUGCACGUUUCUACGCGAUUGUGAAGCCGAUCAAUGAAGAAGUCAAGCCUGAUAGUUGGGCAUGGCAAUGGACAGAUGUCAAAUUGACAUCGCCGCAGCUCUCCAGAGAAAGCAUGUAUAAACUGUCACUUAAACAGUUGACACUUCAGAGUGUGUCUGCAAGUGAUUCAAGAAACCCCUUUGUAGAGCAUGCUAUACAGUAUGCCAUAGCUGCUGCACAUUUGGCAAGCGACAAGGACAAAGAAGCAUUGCACAAACUCUUCUUGCAAGGUCUUGAUAUCACAAUCUUAGGCUCCAAUGACUUUUACUCAUAUCGGAAUCAGAUAGAAUCACUUGGGCUUCCAUUGACACCAGAAUCUCUGGGUACCCUUGCACCUUUUGCAUCAAUCACAUUCAACGCAGAGGAGUCAAAUGGUGGUACCUGUAAGCCUGAAGUAGCAAAAACUGGCUUAGGUUCUUCUGCAGCAAUGACAACCGCUGUGGUUGCAGCUCUGUUGCAUUAUCUUGGAGUGGUUGACCUAUCCGAUCCAUGUAAAGAAGGAAAGUUUGGUUGUUCUGAUCUAGAUGUUAUCCAUAUGAUAGCACAGACAUCUCACUGCCUUGCACAAGGGAAGGUCGGAAGUGGCUUUGAUGUCAGCUGUGCGGUCUAUGGAAGUCAGCGUUAUGUUCGCUUCUCUCCAGAAGUCUUGUCACUUUCUCAGGUUGCAGUAACGGGUCUGCCAUUACAUGAAGUUAUUGGUGGAAUUUUGAAGGGAAAAUGGGACCAUGAGAGAACCGAGUUCUCUCUACCGCCACUGAUGAAUCUUUUCCUUGGAGAACCUGGAACUGGUGGAUCCUCCACACCAUCAAUGGUAGGUGCUGUAAAGAAGUGGCAAAUGUCUGAUCUAGAGAAGGCACGAGAAACUUGGCAAAAGUUGUCAGAUGCAAAUUUGGAACUGGAAUCUAAGCUGAACGGUCUGAGCAAAUUAGCCAAAGAUCACUGGGAUGUUUAUCUUGGAAUAAUCAAGUCUUGUAGUGUGCUUACUUCUGAAAAGUGGGUUCUACAUGCCACUGAACCAAUCAACGAAGUCAUUAUUAGAGAACUCUUAGGGGCAAGAGAAGCUAUGGUGAGGAUCAGAGUUCUUAUGCGGCAGAUGGGUGAGGCUGCUAGUGUUCCGAUAGAGCCUGAAACCCAAACUCAACUUCUGGAUUCUACAAUGAAUGCUGAAGGGGUUCUACUUGCUGGUGUUCCUGGGGCUGGUGGGUUUGAUGCCAUAUUUGCAAUCACAUUAGGGGAUUCCGGCAGCAAACUGACCCAGGCAUGGAGUGCACACAAUGUUUUGGCCUUGUUGGUGAGAGAAGAUCCACACGGCGUUUGCCUUGAGAGUGGUGACCCACGCACCACAGGUAUUACGUCAGGCGUUUCGUCAGUUCAUCUUGAGUAA